UUGUGCGCGAGCGUCCAAAAUAAAUGUACACAAAGAAGAAGCUACCUCACGUUCAAGUUGAUUGACUUUUUUCAUGUUGUCGUAGGUAUUCCCUUUUACUUGGAAAUGAACAAGUUCAUUAAAUCGCAGGAGUUUGACUCGUAUGAAAUAGAGGAACCGAGUGACGAGGAUCGAGCUGAGAGCAGCUCAGAGGACGAGCUCGAUGUGCUGUUGAACGGGACCGCAGAGCAGAAGAAGAAACUGAUACGGGAGUACCUGACCGGGGAGAGCGAGUCAUCCAGCGAGGAUGAGUUUGAGAAAGAGAUGGAGACAGAACUGAGCUCCACUAUCAGGACCAUGGAGGGCACCUGGGGACCAGCGGCUGAUCCUGCAACUAGAGGAGCAGGCGGGGGCAGCACAGGAGAUUCUCGCCUGUCCUACUCUCGCACGUAUGACAAGGUUUACUUUGAUUCUGACUCAGAAGAGGACACACCAAGCAGCUCCAAAGACCAGAGGAAAAGACAGCGUAUCAUUCCCACUAAUGAUGAGCUGCUGUAUGACCCAGAUGAGGAUGACAGAGACCAGGCCUGGGUGGAUGCAAGGAGGUAUAAUGGCAGAAAGCAGCAGGACCCAGCAUCCCGGUCUCAACAUCGUCAGUCUCAGCGUUUACCCAGCAGUGAUGCAGUGCUCAACUGUCCUGCCUGCAUGACAACGCUCUGCCUGGACUGUCAGAGGCAUGAGAAGUACCGCACACAGUAUCGAGCCAUGUUUGUGAUGAACUGCACUGUGGAAACAGACGAGGUGUUACGCUACAAAACACAGCAGCAGAAAACACCAAGGAAGAGGAGGAGGGGCCAAAAUCCAGAAGGGCCACCAAAUGGGGCCACCAGCCCGAUGCCAGCAGGGAUGGAUUCUGACGAGAUUUACCACCCAGUGAAAUGUUCUGAGUGUUCAACAGAGGUAGCCGUGUUUGACAAAGAUGAGGUGUACCAUUUUUUCAAUAUACUGGCUAGCCACUGCUGAGGUGGGCAGAACAGGUUCCUAUCCUGAUUUUAGUUUUUGUUUUCAAGUCUGGAACCUAAUCCCACAGCAACUAUAUUACCUACUUAAACUAAAAUGAUUAUGUUCUAUUACCAUUGAAACUGUCCUUGGAUGUACACUUGUUAGAUAUACACAGUUCUUCAUAAAUCCAGUUAUCUGUGUUGGCAUUACACAUAAAUAAAACACUGUUUCCGUAGAGUUUCACCUCAUUCUGUUGUCAGAAAACAUUACACAUUGCCAAAUGACCAAAAUUCUCAUCCUAGUUAGCUAAACAAUAUAAAACAAUGUAUACAAUAAAAAUAAAUAUAUUAAUAUAAAUCAAAAUGUAUUUUUUGCUUGGAAAAUAGCUGUAGUGGUGUGGUCUGAGAUCAAACUGAAAUUAACUUUUUGUUUUGGGCCACUUUUUAAUACAACUCAGAAAUUUAUCUUUUAAACACUUUAAUAUCUGUGGAUAUUUAGUGUCAUAUAUAAUAAUUAUUUUUUACCAACCAUCAGCUGAUACACCGGGUGUUGCGAACAGUUUUUUGUGGUUCACCUAACAGUCAAAUGUUUGCCAGAAAGUGAAAGAAUGAGUUGUCGAGAGUUUAGAUGGUCUGGUUGGGUUUACUGAAAUGAAAGUAGUUAUAGGUCGGUUGAACGUUAACACAUGAAAUUUACUCUGGAGGAAUAAUAUUCUUCAUCAGCUGGGUUCAAGUUCCUCAUGUAAAAGACGAUAGACCGGUUUUGCAGGAUAUGCUCUUAUCAUGGGCCACAUGGACGGUUACCUUGGGUGCCAUCUGCUGAAGGUGGCUAAAAUAAUUCAUUAAAAAAAGCAUAGAAGUAAAUACAAAACCAUAAACGGCCCAGACUGUUUUUUUUCUUUCAUACUCUGUUAUGAAAAUAAAAAUAACCUGUGCUGCUGUUCCUCUCUGAUGGACCAUCCACUGCUGUCAAAUGCCCUGAAAAGGAACAUUCAGCCUGCCUACCAAUGCUCUACAAUCAGCUGAUCUAGUAGCUAAAGAAAUAUUUUUAAUGCAUUUGCAGUGUGAGGAGUAUUACUAACAUGUUCCCCAAGUUACAGUUCAGUUAAAUCGUGUUGACAGGUUGUUGAUACUGGUAUAGCUUACAGACCAGGGGAGUCAUUUAUAAAACAUUGCAUAGAAUCUAUACUAAAAUUGUAUGCAUGCCAAAAAAAA